AUGGUAGGUAGUGAGGUUACUCUUUCCUCAUCUUGUUAUAUUCAUGGGAUUGGAGUAGAGUAUAUGAAGGAUCAGGCAGAGAAGAAGAAAGCUCUGAUGGAAACUUCAACAGUAGUUAAUGUGGAGUCUACAGAGAUCAUGAUUUAUAAAAUGGGUGACAUUACCCAUUUUUCCGAUGUGAGGAGUUCUCCGGUUAAGGCCAUUGUUAUAUCCAUGAUUGAUCAAGAUAAGGAUGUGGAUGAGGUGAAAUCCACCGAUAUAUCGAUGUUGUGGGGUGCUGUAGAUAUCCCUGAGGAACCUAAUUCUAAUAUGCCUACGAUUUUAACUAUUUCUCAUAUCCUUACUAAUAUUGUGACCAAAGAUGUUAAUGUAAUUGAUGAGGAUGGAAAGUGUAACACGCCGGAGAUCGAUGAGGAGGAUUUAUUAUCUCAUUAG